UUUGUGGAGUGACGUCACCUCGCGUCAUCGCCCGUCUCCUUUCACGUGUGUCUGAAUGAAGUCUUCUUUAAUGUCUUUUGCAGUCUUACCUUUAAACAGUCGUUUGUGCCCGGAUAACGAUGUCUGUAAUAAGAAUUAUUCUGAAAACGGUGGUGGUUGUCGGGUUUCUGGUGUUGACAGUUCAGUUUAUAAGAUACUGGAUGGCAAAUAAACAAUAUGUCUUUACAAAAGAAGAUGUUGCCAAGUUAGCCAGACAAUAUGCAGGCCAGGACCACGAGCAAGCCUUCUCUAAGGUGGUGGUGGAGCUGAGGAAGAGGUAUCCGGGUCACAUCCUGCCCGAAGAGGACCUGCAGUGGGUGUUUGUGAAUGCGGGCGGCUGGAUGGGCUCCAUGUGUCUGCUGCACGCCUCUCUCACAGAGUAUGUGCUGCUGUUCGGGACGGCCGUGGACACGGGUGGACAUUCAGGCCGUUACUGGGCAGAGAUAUCAGACACCAUCAUUUCUGGAACGUUCAGGCAAUGGAAAGAAGGCAGCACUAAAAGCGAGACUUACUAUCCAGGAGACUCUAUCGUGCAUGCGGUGGGAGAGGCCACGUCAGUGCAGUGGAGCGCCGGGACGUGGAUGGUGGAGUACGGCCGAGGAUUCAUUCCCUCCACGCUGGGCUUCGCUCUGGCCGACACCGUCUUCAGCACCCAGGACUUUCUAACACUGUUUUAUACUGUACGUGUUUAUGUGAAGAGUAUGAUCCUGGAGGCUAGCACUUUCCUCACUGACACCGGCGUCCUCUGAAACACACACGUCCCUGUGUUAUUCUGAUAGCUGACCACAACAUCAGCUGUUCGUUUGCUAAUGGAGAACCCACGACUUGUUGAAAUGGAUGUAUAUGAUAACACUUAAAGGGAUACUCCAACCCAAAAUGAAAAUUUUGUCAUUAAUCACUUACCCUCAUGUCGUUCCAAACCCGUAAAAGCUUCGUUCGUGUCCUGAACACAAUU